CGCGGCCCGGCCCCGCGGCUCGGCCUGCCUCAGCCUGAGCAUUGGCGGCAGCACUUUCCGCGCCGCUGCGGCGCUGCCCCGGUGCGGCCUCGGCGCCCUCCGCGUCCUGCUCGCUCCUGCGGGGCCCAGGGCGGCUGCCGAGCUGGCGCUUGCCCUGCAGCCCGGGUGCCCGCCCUGGUGAUGCCUCAGCCCCUCGCUGGCACCGGGCACUCUGACCACUGCCCACAGAGAGGCAAACAGCUGCUGGCUGCUGCACGUGGAUCCUGAUCCAGAGGCCAGAAGCUGAGCUGCAGAUCCCUCUGUGUGGAUCUGGAGCAUCCGUGGCAGGGUGGAGGUCUGGCUGACAGCUGAAUACUGGUGGUGCUUUAGGAGCUGGUGGAGGAUGGGCUCGGGGCACACACAUCUGCUUGUGUGAGCACCGCGGGAGCUUCAGCAGGGGGCAGAAGCCAGCGUGGUGAAACCAUUUCCCAGGCAGCAAAAUGUAUUCCUGGGGCAAGCUGAGUGCCAGGAUGCAAGGAGAGGAGUUCUCAGCUGAGCAAACGGCUCCCGGCCGGCGCCUCGGGCUUGCGGUGUCCCCGGGGCUGGGACGGCGGGGACGGGGCAGCGGCAGGGGGAAGAUGAAGCAGUAACGACUCUGGACGGAGAACCUGCGACGGCUAAGCGAGCCCCACCGGUGUGACAGCGGAGCCCCUGCAGCCCCCGUUCCUGCCCGGGGUGCCCGUCCCUGGGCGGGGGGCUCAGGAGAGCCAGGGUGGCUCAUCCCAGCGGGACGUGACCGAGAUGAGCACGGCAGCCAUGAAGAAGGACAAGAACCACGGUGGGGACGAGGCAGACUGCAGGGCAGAGCUGAUCCUUCUCAAUGGGGACUGCACCACCCCCACCUCUGACUCCCCUGCCCUGCUCUUGGAGCAGAAGGGGAAGCCCAAUGCCCAGGGCACUGCAGACCUGAGGCUGCCAGCCCUGAGGAACAAGAGGGUGAGCAAGGGAGACCUGCCCAAGGAGGACCUGUCCUGGCCACUUGCUCUCACAGGCUCGCAGGAGGGUCGUGCCCGGGGCAGUGCCGGCUGGGAGAGCAGCCUGCGGCAGAAGCCUCCUGUGCGCCUCAUCUUCCAGGCAGGGCAGACCCGACACGAGAUGAGGGUCAAGGAGGACCCUGGCAGCCUGGAGCCCCUCAGGGACCUGCCAGCUCCUCUGCGGGUCUCCAGGCGCCGCUCGGCCGCGCCCACGCCGGUGACCAUCGACCUGACGGAGGAGGACUCCCGGGACUCGUCCCGCAGCAGCAGCACCCUGUCGGGCAGCAGCUCCCAGGAGGGGCAGAAUGGCACCACCGAGCUGGGCACCGAGGAGCAGGAGAGCAGGGAUGUGGGCGCGGCGCUGGAGUACCAGGACGGGAAGGAGUUUGGAAUUGGGGAGCUGGUGUGGGGCAAGAUCAAAGGGUUCUCCUGGUGGCCUGCCAUCGUCGUGUCCCACAGAGCCACUGCCAAGCGCCAGGCGGGCACGGGCAUGCGCUGGGUGCAGUGGUUUGGAGAUGGGAAGUUUUCUGAGGUUUCUGCAGACAAGCUGGUGGGACUGGUGGCCUUCAGGCAGCAUUUCAACUCCUCCACCUUUAACAAGCUGGUGUCCUACCGCCGAGCCAUCUACCAUGCCCUGGAGGUUGCCCGCGGCCGCUCGGGAAAGACCUUUUCGACCAGCCCUGGAGAGUCCCUGGAGGAGCAGCUCAGGCCCAUGGUUGAUUGGGCACUCACUGGCUUCAAACCCCUGGGGCUCAAGGGGCUGCGGCCACCCAAAGCCUCAGAGAACGGAGUCCUGAGGAACGGGACGGAGGAGGUCCUGUCCCUUGAGCAGUGCCCCCCCACCAAGAGGCUGAAGACCAACCUGUGUGGCAGCAGCAAGGAGCAGCGCCUGGAGGAGGACCAGACCAGGGAGCAAAUGGUGUCUGAAGUUACCAACAGCAGUGGGAGCCUUGAAGACAGCUGCUUGUCCUGCGGGAGGAGGAACCCUGCCACCUUCCACCCCUUGUUUGAGGGGGGCCUGUGCCAGACCUGCAGGGACAGAUUCCUGGAGCUCUUCUACAUGUAUGAUGAAGAUGGUUACCAGUCCUACUGCACUGUCUGCUGUGAGGGCAAGGAGCUGCUGCUCUGCAGCAAUGCCAGCUGCUGCAGGUGCUUCUGUGUGGAGUGUUUGGAGGUGCUGGUGGGACGAGGGACAUCUGCCAAGGCCAAAGAGCAGGAGCCCUGGAACUGCUACAUGUGCCAGCCCCAGGGCAGCUACGGCGUGCUGCAGCGGCGGCAGGACUGGAACCUGCGCCUGCAGGACUUCUUCACCAGUGACAAGGGACAGGAAUAUGCUGCCCCCAAAAUCUACCCAAUGGUUCCACCAGCAAAGAGGAGACCUAUUCGAGUGCUCUCCUUGUUUGAUGGCAUAGCCACAGGACACGCCAGAGUGGCCACCUCGAGCGCUGCUGAGGACGGAGAGCGGGAGCCCAGGGAGAGCAGUGCAGGCUCAGAGCUCUGUCCCUUGGCAGGGUACCUGGUGCUGAAGGACCUGGGCAUCCAAGUGGAGAAGUACAUCGCCUCCGAGAUCUGCGAGGAGCGCCUGGCCGUGGGCAGCCUGCGCCAGGAGGACAACAUCACCUUCGUGCAUGACGUCAGGAACAUCACCAAGAGACAUAUCGAGGAGUGGGGUCCCUUCGACCUGGUCAUCGGUGGCAGCCCCUGUGAUGACCUCUCCCUUGUCAACGCUGCCAGGAAGGGGAUCUGUGAAGGCACUGGGAGGCUCUUCUUUGAGUUCUACCACCUGCUCAACUACGCCCGCCCCAAGGCUGGCGAGGAGCGGCCCUUCUUCUGGAUGUUUGAGAACGUGGUGGCCAUGAGGGUCAGCGACAAGAGGGACAUCUCCCGCUUCCUGGAGUGUAACCCAGUGAUGAUCGAUGCCAUCAAGAUCUCUGCUGCCCACCGAGCUCGUUACUUCUGGGGCAACCUGCCAGGGAUGGACAGGAUCUUCGGCUUCCCCCUCCACUACCCCGAGGUCUCCGGCGUCGGCCGCGGCACUCGCCAGAAGCUGCUGGAGAGGUCCUGGAGCGUCCCUGUUAUCCGGCACCUCUUCUCCCCACUCAAGGAUUACUUUGCCUGUGAAUAGCCCCCGGGGGCCCCUCGGCUCUCUGGUGCCCGUCCAGCUCCCGCCCGGCUCUGCUGCCCGCGGGGAGAGGGUCUCUGCCCCCACUCCCUCCCUUGCCGGCUGCGGGCAGGCAGCCUGGCCCCGGGGCAGGGCUGGGGAGGUGUCUAACCAAAGAACCUGGCAGAGUGACUUCGAUUUCAAGGGACUGAAGGGCAGCCAUAGGUAGAAAAUGAUGGACAGAAGAACUUUGAUGGGGCAGAGCAGGAGGCUGUGCCUCGGUGCUGGGAUGGGGCAGCUCCUCUGAGCUCUGCCCCGGAGCUGCAGGAGCUGCAGCCCAGCUGCGGAGCUGUGGGGGUGGAGGCAGCUGCCAGCGUGCUGCAGGCAGGCAGCAAACCCACCACGAGCCUCGCUGCUCCUCCCAGACUAAACAAAGCAAAAACCUCUUGAAGCGACUGCCAAAAAUCCCCCCCCAGAGCGUAGCAGCAGGUGUCAGGGCCCCUGGUCAGGUUCCAGGCUCUGAGCAGGCAGGGACAGAGGAACCAAAUUUGCUUGAUUUGGUUUUUUAAUUCUUUGUUGUUUUUUUUUUUUUUUUUUAAGGCUUUUGGAUGAACUUUUAAUGUUGUUGGUGCUGCUUUGAGGCACUCCAUAGGAAUGUGGAGAUUCCUAGAGCUGAAUGUAGCUGAAACUGAACUGUGAGGUGAUAGACUUAACUUUUCUCUAGCUAGAACUAAAGGAAUCCCUGGGUGCUAUUUCUGGCUGUAGUUUACAGAUCCUCCUGACUUCCUUCUUGGGUUUAUUUUACAGCAUCUGAAACCUUCUCCCUUGCAUCUUAACCCCCUGCUGAGUGUGCUUUGAAAGCUUCCACAGCCAUGGGAGCAGGGUGGGGGGGAGGGAUGUGAGCUCCCGAAGGGAAAGGUUCUGGGAGCUUUCAUAUCCCCAGAUGCCUUGGCAGGGGUAGCAGUGGUGGUGUCCUCAAAACAGCCCCCAGGCAUCCUGUGCCACUUCAAGCCCCAGCAGUGUUGGCAGCUGUGGGGCAGGGGGGGGUUCCUGGCAGGGACAAUCUCACCUGACCCUGGCUCACCUGGUACCAAUCCUGCUCAGGACUGGGAGCUGAUCCCUCCUUCCCUAGGUGCCCAGCUUCUGGGCAUGGCUGUGCACAGGGGUGGGAUGCUGUUGGUGCUUGUGUGCCCAGCCCUGACCCCACAGCAGCCUGAGUGGGCUCGUGGGGUCAUACCCCUGACCCAGGAGCUGCUGUGGCCACUGCUGUGCUGGCUUUUAAUUGCCCCCAUGUGCUGCCUCCUUUUGCUGCAGGGACUCUCUUGCUGCCCAGGGAGCCCUGCUCCACAGCUGGUGCCCCAGGAGCUGUGGGCACAGCCGAACCCGUCCCUCUCCGCGGGUUUCUGUCUCCCCCGGCCACUGUCCCAGGUGGGCUCCUCCUGGGGCCUCUCAACUCCAAUGCACAUUUCAAUGCACUGAAGGACUUGUGACCUGCCCCCCUCGGUCCCUCUGUCCUCCCCUACCUCUGCUGUUCACUGCAAACCUUCUCCUGCCCCGGCCGAGUCCUCGGGUGCCUUCUCCAAAUGGGCCAGGGCAAGCCUGUGCCAGCCCUGUGCCCAGUGCCAGGCUGGCUCAGCAGUUGUUGUACAGCAGCAGUGAGAAAUGAGCUGCUCCCCUGGCUCCUUCUACCUCUGACACAUGGGGACCCCCCCCCCCCCCAGUACUCCCCCUCAUGGGCAGCCCCCCCCAGAGGAGGGAGCUUCCUGAGUUGGACUCUUAGCGUGCAGCUUUCCCCCCGUGCCUCUCCCCCACACCAUCUGCUGGUCUCCACCCCAAGGCUGUGCUUGGGGAUGGGCAGGAAGAGAAGCCCACAUGAAAUUUAGAGGCUCUUUGUCCUGCCCGGAGGUUGCCCUUAAAGACUUCCCUUUGCCUCUUGUGCCCAGUGAGACAUGUUUGAGCUUAGAACUCUGGAGAAAGCCAAAUGCCCUCCACAUUGCGCCUGGCAUCUGAGGGCAGAACCCUGUCACCAUCCACAUUGUGCCUGGCAUCUGAGGGCAGAACCCUCUUACCACCUUUGCCACCAUCUCCUGAGCAGGAAGAUGGCAGGGUGGCUUCUGUGGGUGCUAGAGGUGUAGGGGAAGCCUGGCAUCACCCAUGCUGGGUUUGGACCCCUCACCAAGCUCCCAUCCUUGUGCCCAGCCCCCCUCAUUCUCUAUCCCAGUAGGGAGCCUGCCUUGAGGUGCCAGCCAGCUGGCACCCUCUGGGUGACAGAGGGACACCUUUGCAUGGCUUCUCUUUCUCCAGUCUGGGCUAAGCUGCAACCUCUGCCUCGGUGGCAUCCUGCAUCCUCUCGCCCAGCCCUUGCCUCCUUUCCUAUCUAAUCAAAAGAGAAAUAAACAGACAAGGGGAAAAAAAACCAAACCCAACAAACCACAACAGGCAAAAAAAGAGAAAGAUAAAAGAGAAAGGAGAAUUGUCUUGGCAUUAAGCUUCCUUGAUAAGGAUUGUAGCAGACAGGGCUCCCUCGGACUGCUUUUAUCCCUGCAAGAGCUGCCUUUGUUCCGCGCCUGUCGCGGAGGGGAGGCUGCCGGAGCUGCCUCCGGAGGCUUUCUGCAAGUCUCGACUCUCCCUGGUGCUAUUUUGAUACUUUUUUAAAUGGUUUUAUUUUAUUAUUAUUUUUUUUUUAGGGUAAGGAUUUGUGCUGUCCAAAGUCUCCUGCAGGUUUUUAUACCUUGGUUUUUUAUUUUUAAUAAAAGGAGUGUAUCACUUGGAA